AUGUCUACCCGGCCACGCAGCUCAACAAAGGGGCCAUUGGAUAUUCCUGAUGAACUAGAUACCCCUUCUGCAGCCUCGACGACUUCCUCGGGGAAACGGGAUUCCAAAAGCAAUGUUUUGCCAUUCUACCCGGACAAGGACUCCAUUGUAUCACCCAGGGACAACCCGCCUAUUCAAGUAAACCAGAGCUUCUCUUUCCUCCUCCGGCCAGAGAUAUUCCACCCGCUCUCGCAAUUGGAAAUACCCCUUCCCUUCCGCUCGGAGUUUCCGAGCCUCCUCCCAGGCCAGUCCUUGGAUUCAGCACUACUUUUGCUCAACGACCUAUCGAAAAGUGGCCACUUCCUACCCGCAGCGCAUUUCGCAGCUACGAUUUUGACCUCCAAUCUCAUAGCUUCAAAUGACUAUUCAACAAUAUUUUCCCUCCUAUACACCCGCCUUACCUGUCUCGAGCUUACGGGGAAUACCAUCCUAGCCGCGCAAGAGUCAAAGGCCUUGGAGGACUUGAAUUCUGUAUUCUACUAUGUAGACGCUACUCCUGCUCCAAAGGAUGGCAACUCUGAAGAAUCCCCGGAGAAGACGCACCUUGCACCCUGGCCCCUUCGAGUUGUUGCCGUAAGACUGCAAAGCAUUGGAUUUGGUGAUUCUAGGCGGGGUAUAUCUGGUCUUUAUGAACUUGGACUAGAAGCUAGGAAGCAUAUCAUGCGCCCUGAUAUCGGACCUGAAGAAAAGGCCAUGUGGAAAGGGCGGUUAGCUGAUCUAGGCCUCCGUGUCGUUAACGCUCUAGUUGAAAUGGGUGAUUUGGAGGCAGCACGGCGGUCUUUAGCCAGCAUGGCUCCACUAUCUGACGAUGACACGCGAGGACUCCAUCAGAGAGCCCUUUUGCAUCUUCGAAUCGGAGAUAUAGAUUCUGCAAAGAGGCUACUCUCUGGUCCUUCCAGCUCCUCCGUUGGUAUUCUUGAUCCGCUCUUAAGAAUGGCAGAGGGUAGAUUCGAUGAUGCUGUCGCUGAUUGGAAUGGCGUUCUUAAAACUUACUCAGGCACAGACGAUGAGGUUCUCAUCAAACAAAACCUCGCAGUCUGCCUUUUGUAUGUUGGGAACUUAAAGCAGUCUCGCGAAAUCCUGGAGUCUCUCAUCGACAACCACAGCUCCUUCCAAAGCCUCACAUUUAAUUUAGCAACGGUAUACGAACUUUGCUCUGAGAAUUCAGGAGCUCUCAAGCUGGCAUUAGCGGAGCGGGUGUCUCGCCACCCCCAAUCGGAACAUCUUAACUGGGAACGACCAAAUGGCGCCUUUAAAAUCUAG